UCGGGCUGCACUCAGUCUAGCCUCAUAACUCGUUUGAAACGGAUGUCAGCAACGGAUAAAACAGUAAAGUAGUAUUACUAAAGUUUACAAAUUACAGUGAUUGUGAUUUUUUUCUGUCUGAAGAAAAAAUUGCUAAAGUAAAAGAAAUCGCGUUGCCUGUGUAAAACGAAUAGAUAUACAGCUAACACUGUGCGUGUAUAUGCUUCUAUAUAGGCAUAUUACCAUAAAGUAUCUACAUAAAUACAUCAGAUAUAUGCAUUGGAGCAGCAGUGUGUGUGUGUGUAUGGGAUUUUUUUUGGUGGUGCCCUAGUUGAUGUUGAGAAAAUUUUAAUUCACGACAAAGUAUACAUACAUAAAAUUUUGAAUGAAAAACGUAAGAAAUAAAGUGAUUGGAAAAGUUUUAAGGCAAAUUGCAAGCAAAAAGGCAGCAACAAGCUAAAGUUAAUUGCGAAAAAGUGGAAAACUUAUACCAAUAUUAUACAUAAAAUUAAAUCAGAAAUAUACUUAUACAUAAGCUGUGUACGUGUGUGUGUGUGCAGCAGCAGCAGCAGAGCCUUCGUACGACGAGACAGCCAGCGUAUUUUAGAUUGAAAUCGUUUGCUAAGCAGCGGACUCGGAGCAUAGUUGCCAAAGUGAAAAAGAUUUGAACAGAAUUUCUCGUUUCAAAAAUAAAAACAAACAUCAGAGCAUCAGCAUUUCCCCCCCUCCAAAAUUCAUUUUGAGGCCAAACAGUUCCAAACAGAAGCAACUCCGUCUUUGCCACGGUUACCGCCAAAGUAGCUGAAUUUACACUGUUUUACGUCGUAGGGAAUGGUAUAUUUCUUGGGGGAUUGGGGCAUGGGAGAUUCUGACUGUGCGUCAUAUCAUCAACAUGUUCCAACAAUACAACAGACCAAUUUGCAUGCCCACAGCCACAGCCAUCAUCAUCAGCAGCAGCAGCAGCAACAGCAACAGCAACAAGUGCAACAGCAGCAACAGCUUCAACAAAAUGAGCAGCAGCAUAUUGAAUUGCAACUGCAGCUACAGCAACAACAACAGCAAUCACAACAUCGUCAACACAUUGCCGAAAUUGCACCUGCUCUAGGUCAAUUAUCGCCCAUACAAUUUGGUAGCGGCACUGCUGAUACAACAACACUUAUUGGCAGCGGCGGCAGUGGCAACACCCUCACAGCCGUUUCACAGCAGCAACAUUUACUAAGCAAUUCACCGCAACAUGUUGCUAGCAGCACAUUGGUCACCGCCAACUUGCAACAACUUUCUGUCAGUAACAGCAGCCGUAGCGGCAGUCACUGUUCAACGCCCAUUAAAACGGCGGCCAUCGAGGCUUUUGAUAAGUCCGCUUAUCAAUCACUGCAGCAGCUACAGCAGAAACAAUCGUUGCCAGCACAAGCACAUCCGCUUGCCUCAGCGACAGCUGCUUUGCAUCAGUAUUUGGGACGUCAACGUUCCGAUUCGUGUGCGGCAAAUGUUGGCAGUUGCACGAAUGCACCAUCAGCGCCGACUGCACCAGCGGAGCACGGUGGCCACAAUAACGGCGGUGGCGGCAACAGCAGAGCAACAGCGGCAAAUAGUUUCCUACAACCCCAGCUGAGUAAGGAUCUCUUGGAAAGUGAGGAUGAAGUCGCCCUGCAACCGCUCUCAAAUCAGGUCGGUGGUCACACCCGUCUUCUAUUGUUGAAUCAAUCGACUGUCAUAAAGCCGUUAAAUUUGCGUGAAUUGGACUUUUAUCAAAACAUUCCGCACGAUGUACAGAAGUUUGUGCCCAAAUACAAAGGCGUGAUGCAAGCGACUACAAUGGGCGGCGCCAAGUUGGAGAAACGCUACUCGCCCAGUUUUCGCGAGGAGCCCGCGCGCAAGAUGAGCAGCACAAAGCGCAAACGGGAUGAUGUGCUAAGGAUGAAAGUUCAUAAGAAUGGAAAUGCUGCCGAUGUUAUAAAAAGUAUUUCGCAAUUAGACAACACAAAUAAGCAAUAUUUCCUUAUGCUCGAGAACAUAACAUCACAAUUUCGCAAUCCAUGCAUAUUGGAUUUGAAAAUGGGCACACGCCAGCACGGUGAUGACGCCUCAGCAGAGAAGCGUUCCAAACAGAUGGCCAAGUGUGCGGCCAGCACAUCGGCAUCGCUGGGUGUACGCCUUUGUGGCAUGCAAACCUAUCAAGCCCAUCUCGAUCAAUAUGCCAAGCGCGACAAGUACUGGGGACGCGAAUUAGAUGAGAAUGGCUUUAAGCAGGCAUUGCAUGACUUUUUCUACAAUGGCUAUAGGUUGCGCAUACGCGUCAUCAAGAAGAUUGUGCAGCGGCUAUUGCAGUUGCGACGCGUAAUCGAAAAGCAAUCCAGCUAUCGGUUCUACUCAUGCUCGCUGUUGAUCGUCUACGAGGGCUACGAAGAGAAUCCUCAGGUUCAUCCCAUGGACAUUGAGGAAUGGCUUACACCUACCACGCCGAAGUCGGCUACAAAAUCCGCUACUUUCGACUACCAUCCCGAUAACAGCCUCGAUGAGGAUGACAUCGAUGAAGAUGAUGACGAUGUGGUGGAUGCAGAUGAUGACACUGCCGGCCAUGAUGGUGGUGAUGAGCUAGAACUCCAUGAGACCGAUGACGAUCUGCAUAUGGUUGCAGCCGAUAGCGGCAAUGCCUCGGCGACUAAUAGCAGCACCGGCGGCGAUCCCUGCUGCUACGAUGCCGACGCCUCAAAUGACUCUACCAACACAGCUGCGCUGAAUCUUACCACCUCGCGUCGCAAACGCGGCUUAACGGAAGCAUCACUUGAAAGAUCACGCGGCUUCGCGGAAGUUAUCACACCCGUGUGCGGCUACGACGACUCCACUGCAUCCGCAUCUGGGACAAACACCGAAGUUGAUGCCAUCUCAAUGCCGCCGCCACCGACAACAGCGGGCCCAGUAAGUGCAGAGAGCAGCAGUGCGGCUGCCGUCGCUGGCAGUAGCAGUAAUCCGCCGUUCAUUCCAAUCUCCGAAGAAACAGUAUUCCUCGAUCCUGAGCCGCCAAUGCCCAGCGUUUCGACCUCGUCCCCGCACUCAGGUGACUCUUGGAUGAACUAUAGCAGCAACAGUAGCGAUGAUUUCUCUGGACUUUCCGAACAAAUCAAAGCGGUCACCAGUGGACGGCAAACAGGCGAUAAUAGUUCUGACGAGGCCAGCUCUGACUAUGACAGCAGCAUAAUUGGUCAAACGGAGGUGAUGCUGAAGCGUUACAAAUCGCAACAGGACUCCUUCGAUAUAUCGCCCCUGGCGCAAGCAACCGAUACGCCGCUAUCAACUGUGGCCUCAGCGGCGUCGCGUCUGCCGCACACGCUAGCAUCAUCAGCAUGCUCCACACCGCCCUUGCCGCCUAGCAGUGUCAUCAAACUGCCCGCGUCUGUUGCUAACUCCUCGCCCACCUCGUCGACGGCGUCAUCACUAAAAUCGGUACGCGGCGCCGUUAAGCGCUUACGUUGCAAAGACGCCGACGAUGAGGAUGAAAUGGAUGCCAACGAUAAUAAGAAGGACGCGAUAUCGACUUCUUCGCAGGCGAAAAAAUCGACACACGCGCCAAAUUUAACUAGCGCGAUAGCUAGCGGCUCAUGCAACAGCAGCAGCGCGGCACCUGUUUCUUCAACACCAACUUCCGUCAACGCGUCACCAGCUAAGACGCCACUCAUGACGCCCACCUCAACAACAUCGGGCACCGAGAGCACAGCUGACAAAAUCAAGAAUACACUGCUCGCAGGCAUACAAGAUAUGCAUGACAUGCACACCACGUGCAACAAUGACAACAGCGCCAACAAAAAUAAUAAUCAUAGCAAUAACAUCAGCAGAAAGAAGGCCACCGCCGCGCGCUUGACGCUGCAACAUGCCUCCAAAUCGUUAGAUAUCGGCAGUUGCCAAGCGAACGCCAGCAGCGAUGAUGCGCGCUGCCCCGUAGACGUGCGCCUCAUUGACUUUGCGCACACAGCAUUCGUGCCGCGCAACGGCAGCGGGCUACUGCAGCAAACAACAUCUAGCACGCCGGUGCAUCAUGGCCCAGACGGCGGCUUCCUAACGGGACUGGACAGCCUUAAUCGCUUACUCAACGACAUACUCACCGAAGAGGUCAUCGUUUAAGCGGCGGUCGUGCACGCGCGCGCGGCUUAUGUACGUGUGUGUGUUUUACCUGCAGUACGAUGCGGUGGGGUGCGAAAUCCGCAUUGCAGCAGUCAUGCUCUCAAUGAGCUCAAAGUGCAGCAAGGAAAGCGCUGCAAGCUAUAAAACCUUGCAUGAACUUUAAAAAUGCUGCUAAUCAAAACUACCACCAAUAAAAAAACUAUGAAUGCUAUGUAAAGUAGUUAUUAAACGCCACCAACAGCUUGGAGAGCAAUCAAUGCCCCAAAACACUUUUGCAAUUGACUGAGUAUGCAGAGUGAAUGGUAAGAAGUAAGCAAGAAUAAAAAUGGGAAACGUGUGUGAGCGUUUGAGCAACUAAAUUUAAGCCUAAAAAUAUAAAAAUAGACUACAUUUAUUACUGCAAAUUAUGUGCAUACCUAAAAAUAUGAAAGUGGUAUAAAGGUAUAAGGGAAAAUCAAAACCGUGCAACCGAGAGAGAGGGAGAUGAAACUGAAGCGACACGCACAGCGUUGGCAGCAAAACAAAAUGCAAAAUAGUGAACAAAACGGGAGUGUGUCUUUUUUAUUAACAAAUUUUAAGCUAAAACAUACUUGAAUUUUUAAAAGGCAAAUGUCGCGGGGUAGGAGUGUGAAGGCAGGAAAUUGUUCAUAAGCAGAUAAGAAAGUCAAUCUAAAAUGAAAGUAAAAAUUAAAAACUUUAAGCGAGUGAUAUGUGGCUAGACUAGCUGCUCUUGAACAGAGUGAACAAUUUUAAUUUGGAACAGUUAAAAAGAAAAAAAAAUUCUACAACUGUUUUAAACAAAAUUUUCAAACACAAUUAUAUAUAGAAUAUGAUAAAAGCAAAUGCGAAACAUUAACAACAAACUUUUUACCAUAUGCACAAAAUAACAUGCUAUAUAAUAAUAUGAGUACUAUGAUACAAUUUGUAAAAAACAUAAAAAUGUAUAACGAAUGUUAAAAAAAAAAUAAUAAUAACUAGAGCAUUUCAUAAGCAAAAAAAUAAUAAUAUUCUUUAAAUUAACAACAAACUAAUAUACAUUCACAACAACAUUGAAUGCAGCUCGUGCGUUUAAGAAUAAUGCUGAGUGCAAAUAAUUAAAAAAAUACAAAAAUUAACAAACAUUCCCCUAUUACGUUUGUUGCUAAAUUGCAGGCGUAAAGCAAACCGCAAUGGACAUGUCGCAUGCAAAUGUGAGUCAGAAAAAGCUAACUAAACGUUUCGUUGCGCAAAACAGCAAAAGUACAUCAAAAUAAAAUAUGUAUUUACUUAGCGAUAAUUUCGCUAGACAAAAACUCGAGUGCCACGCCAGCUUAAAUGUACUAUUUUUUGCUAUACAAAACAUGCUUGGCCUAAUAGUAAGUUAGCAAAAACAACAGCAAUUGCUAAAUUUUAUUUAAAGCUACUCAUCUAAAAACUUGCAUACAACCAAUGUCUUCCUUCUGAAAGGGGAAAAUGACUCAAAAAGUUGGCUAAAAAAAUACAACCAACGGCAACUUAAUAAGGAUAUGAAAGCCUACUAAACUUUGUUACCUUUUGUUUGAUUACGUUGGGCACUUUUGCUUCAAGAACAACAACUUAAAAAUUGAAUUCAAAAAAUACGAAAACUGAUACGUUCGAGUUUUAGCUGCGUUUGUUAAAGUAUACAGUAAGCAAAAUAAAACAAUCACGGCAGGCGGGUCUACGAAUUAACUGGAACGAGCUUGGAAGUGGCCAAGAGCAUCACUCCAGUAGCAUUCCGCAAAUCUAUGAUAUUGUAGCAACAACAACACCAGCCACGACUGACGCCUAGAUUUUUUCCCGGGCAAGUAUGAUGACUUCAGUAGCAUUCGCCAAAACCGGUUAAUGGUUACUACAUCAUCAACAACAACAACAACAAUAACAAAAGAAAAAACCAU